AUGCGUGCCCACGGCCUCUUGCUCGCGGCCCUCCUGCUCACCCAUGUUGAUGCUGGCUACGCGCCAGUCCACACAUCAUGCCCUACAACCCCCCUGGUCAGACCGGCCAACGGCCUGAGUACCGACGAAGCAUCGUUCCGCCAAGCGAGAAAGCAAGUGGCCGACCAGGCUUUGAAGUCAUGGCUCGCCAAGACAAACCCCGGGUUUCAGUAUACUGACAGCAUCCUGCCGACGCUGGCAUUGGCCACCAGCGGUGGAGGCUACCGGUCUCUGCUGGUCGGUGCCGGGCUCAUCCAAGGCCUUGACGAACGGAACAGCAACAUCUCCACCAGUGGGCUCUAUCAGGCCCUUACCUACCACUCCGGUCUCUCGGGCGGUGCCUGGCUCCUCUCGUCCCUGGCUGGCAACAACUGGCCGACCGUCACGGCUCUCAAAGAGGGCCUCUGGGAGCAAGCGUUCCAAAACAGCCUUCUCGUCCCGAGCAACCCUCUCGCUUCUCCAGAAUAUGGAGAAGUCCUUGCUGAUAUCACGGCCAAACAAGCGGCUGGAUAUCCUCCGACCCUGACCGAUCCAUGGGGUCGUCUGCUCUCGUAUCAGAUUUUGGAAGCCCCGGAGGGCGGCGUCAACACGACCUUCUCGUCGGUCGCGAGCCUCUCCAACUUCACCAGCCAUGCGGCCCCGUUUCCCAUCAUCCUUGCGCUGGGCGUGAAGACCUUCAAUGGCGAGUGUUGGCCGGGCCCCAACGCGACGACCUACGAAUUCACGCCCUAUGAAUUUGGGUCGUGGGACAGCGACAUCAGCGCUUUUACGCCGACGGAAUACCUGGGCACCUCUCUGUCCAAUGGGCAGCCUACCAAGGCCGGCGACUGUGUGGUCAACUACGACAAUCUCGGAUAUGUCCUUGGCACGUCGUCCAGCCUCUUCAACGAGGCUUGCCCCAAUAUACCGAUCGCCGCCAACAGCACCACGAACCUAACUCAGGACCUGGCCGAGAUGGUCGUGCAGACGCACUCGCUGACGACGCGCGAUGAAUUCGCCGUCUACCCGAACCCGUUCUACAACUACAACUCGUCCAGCGGCGUGCCCAACCCGGCGAAUCCCAUCUGGGAGCAAACGGAGCUGAGGCUCGUUGACGGCGGCGAGGCGAUGCAGAACAACCCCAUCUGGCCGUUUCUGCAGCCGGCGCGCGGGGUGGAUGUGUUGCUGGUCAACGACAACAGCGCGGACGCGAACAACUUCCCGAACGGGUCGGAGAUCCUGACGACGUACGUGCAGAGCUUCAACCACAACCUGACGCGCAUGCCGUCCAUCCCGUCGGUCGACACGUUCAUCUCGCAGGGGCUGAACAAGCGGGCGACCUUCUUUGGGUGCAACGAGACGGACAAGCUUACGAUUGUGUACAUCCCGAAUGUCAACCUCACGUACCCGAGCAACACGCCGACAACCAAGGUGCAGUAUUCGGCCAGCGAGACGGAGGGGAUGAUCGGGAACGGGGUGGCGAUGGCCAACCAGAACGGCGAGGCUGGAUGGGGGACAUGUCUGGGAUGUGCGAUCAUGGCGAAGACGGGGAAUGCGUUGCCGUCGGAGUGCACGGCGUGUUUUGCGAAGCACUGCUAUCAGGGUGAUAGAUCGUCGUUGUCCUAUUUCUUCUGGAGAACCAGAUAUUACCGUCCGUGGGUAAUUGCCUAUCUGGACUACCGCGCCGUGGGCUUCAUCGGCCUCGGGGCCAUGGGCGCCCCCAUGGUCGGCCAUCUCGCUGCCAAACUCCCGGCCGGAGUUUCUAUCUAUGUCUUUGACGUCGUCCAACGCGUGGUCGAUGAGCUCUGCGCGCAGCACCCGGGCAGACUGUUUCCGGCGUCCAGCGCCAGGGACGUUGCGGAGAAAUCGGAGGUCGUCUUCACCAUGGUCCCCGAAGGCUCGCACGUCCGCACCGUCUAUCUCGACCCGCAGACAGGCAUCUGCGCGACGGACCUGACGAACAAACUGCUCAUCGACUGCUCGACCAUCGACACGGCCACCAGCCUGCUCGUCAAGGAGCAGAUCGCGCAGACGUGUCCGACAGCGUCCUUCUACGACGCCCCCGUCAGUGGCGGCGUGAUCGGAGCCAAAAAAGGCAGCAUCGCCUUCUUCCUAGGCUGCGCGGACGACGACCCCAACCUGGCGCGCGUGACGGCGCUGCUGGAAACCAUGGGCCGCCAGAUCAUCCCCUGCGGCGGACCCUCGCUGGGACUGGCCGCCAAGCUGGCCAACAACUACCUCUCGGGCAUCAUCGCCAUCGCCUGCUCCGAGGCCAUGGACAUGGGCAUGCGCGCCGGGCUGGACCCGCGCGUGCUGGCGCGCGUCUUCGCGGCCGGCACGGCGCAGAACACCAUCUGCGACCGCUUCAACCCGGUGCCUGGGGUCGCUCCCGAAGCGCCGUCCAGCCACGGCUACCGCGACGGGUUCAAAGUGCAGCUGAUGCGCAAGGACUUUGGGCUGGCGGUCGAGAUGGCGAAGCGGGUGCAGGCGCGCCUCGUGCUGGGCGAGGCCGGGCUGGCGACGUAUGAGGGGGCCAGCAAUGAUCCCCGAUGUCGGGAUCUGGAUUCGCGGGUGGUGUUUCGCUAUCUGGGCGGGGAUGAGGAGUGGGAGAAGAAGUUCUCGAAGAGUACAUAG